CAUCUCUAAAGGGAGUUCUUGGUUUCCUCCGAUUUCUUAUGAACCCAGGAUGGGCAGCAAGGAAGAUGCGGGCAAGGGGUGUCCGGCGGCCGGCGGCGUAUCCAGCUUCACCAUUCAGUCCAUCCUGGGCGGGGGCCCCUCGGAGGCGCCGAGGGAGCCGGCCGCCUGGCCGGCCAGGAAGCGCAGCCUGUCCGUGUCCUCGGAGGAGGAGGAGCCGGACGACGGCUGGAAGGCACCCGCCUGCUUCUGCCCAGACCCGCACGGCCCCAAGGAGCCCGGCUCCAAGCACCACCCCCCCAUCCCCUUUCCUUGCCUGGGUACCCCCAAGGGCAGCGGAGGCGCGGGGCCGGCGAGCUCGGAGCGCAAGCCUUUCCUUUCUUCUUCGCACCCGGACUUUAAGGAAGAGAAAGACAGGCUCUUGCCCGCGGGCUCACCGUCGCCGGGGCCCGAGCGGCCGCGGGACAGCGGCGGCGCCGAGCGGCAGGCGGGCGCGGCCAAGAAGAAGACGCGCACGGUCUUCUCGCGCAGCCAGGUGUACCAGCUCGAAUCCACCUUCGACAUGAAGCGCUACCUGAGCAGCUCGGAGCGCGCCUGCCUCGCCUCCAGCCUGCAGCUCACCGAGACCCAGGUCAAGACUUGGUUCCAGAACCGCCGCAACAAGUGGAAGCGGCAGCUCUCUGCCGAACUGGAGGCGGCCAACAUGGCGCACGCGUCGGCGCAGACUCUGGUGGGCAUGCCGCUGGUGUUCCGGGACAGCUCGCUGCUGCGCGUGCCGGUGCCGCGCUCGCUCGCCUUCCCCGCGCCGCUCUACUACCCGGGCAGCAACCUCUCGGCCUUACCUCUCUACAACCUGUACAACAAGCUCGACUACUGAUAGCGGCCCGCCGGCCCCGCGCCGCGCGCCCUCCCGUCCGCUCCCCGCCAGGCUGGCGCGGGCUGCCCCCACCCCCCACUCCGGAGCAGGCGGCGCGUUUCCAGAAAUAUUACGAAAUACACCAUGUGUAUUCAUUAUCUCUUAUUUAUGGCUUCUGCCCUACUUUGGUUUGAUUGUUUCUGGUAUUUAUCGGCAUCCCUCCAGCCAGAUCAUUUGCUCUCUACCCGCCCCCCCAAACAAACCAAUACAUUUUGAAAACCAUUUUGGAGGCGACGUUCUAGGGUGGUGGUGGGACAGGGAGUU